AUGGAACUCAAAGGCACCACUGUUCUGCUCCUCCUUAUAAAGGGAGCUGCCUGGCUUCCCCAGCAGAGACUUGGGAGCAACUGUAGAUCCUCCUCCAAGAUGCUGGUGGUCCUGCUCACAGUGGCCUUGAUGGCCCUGAGGCCAGCUUGGAGCUUAUAUAAAGAUUCCAACUAUGAAGACUCUUAUUCCCUAUCAUCAGAGGCUGAGGACCCAAGCCAGAGCUCCAAACAAGUCCCUCAUAGACCACCUCCUGGAGGACGCCCACCCAGACCCCCUGCUGAUGGUGGAGAUGACAAUGAAGAUGAAGAUGAAUGUGAUGACUCAGAGCAGGGACCACCAGAAGGACGCAAUCAGCAGCCUCCUAAACCUCUUCGUCCUGGACACCAGCAGGGACCACCCCAACAAGGAGGCCAGCAGCAGCCAAAUGGGCCCCCUCGUCCUGGUAACCAGCAAGGACCACCCCAACAAGGAGGCCAGCAGCAGCCAAAUGGGCCCCCUAGUCCUGGUAACCAGCAGGGACCACCCCAAGAAGGAGGCCAGCAAUAG